UAAAACAUGCUAGUCUCUUCAUCUGAGAAAAACAUACGAAGUUAGAGAACCCCCCCUUCUUCCGUAUCUCCUAAAACCUCAAACAAUGGCAGUUUUUCAUCAAAUUCUGGUUGUUCCUCUGAUCCUGGCAUUAUCCCUUUCAAGUAUCCAUUUGACCUUGGCGGCCCGGCAGCUUAUGCAGGCAGGGCCUGCUGCAAUUCCACCUAUGCCUAAACUACCUCCACUGCCGGCAAUGCCCACUGUUCCCCAAGCCACAUUGCCGCCACUACCCACCACUCCUUUGCCUACAAUGCCAACAGUCCCAACCUUGCCAAAACCCACAUUGCCACCUAUGCCAACCACCCCUUUGCCUACAAUGCCAACAGUCCCAACCUUGCCAAAACCCACGUUGCCGCCGAUGCCAACCAUGCCUUCAGUUCCUAAGAUGACUCUCCCACCGCUGCCAGCCAUUUCACUGCCCACCAUCCCAACAACAAUUCCUUCUAUCCCAACCUUUCCAACCACUAUGCCAGCAAUUCCUUCUCUCUCGCCACCACCAUCUAACUAAGUCUCUGAGACACCACCCACAUCGUUCGUCAUUAUUGAUUCUAAAUUUGCUUGUAUUGUGCCAUUACAGUCAGUUCUUGCGUUCUAUCUUUUAUUUUAUUUAUUUUUUGUCUUUUUUAAGGAGUCUUGAGUUUUCCAAUUUUUUAUACAUGUGUGGUCAGGUUGUACUGUUUUCUUGUAUCUACUGAGAUUGUUGCUUCUUGUUUAAUACAUAAUACGUUUGUCUUCUUUACUUUUA